CAAAAAAUGGCGGCUGUUCGUCGACUUACAGAAAUCCUUGCAGUCGCUGCGUUUAUUACUUGCGGUUACAUUAUCUAUUAUGUCACAACUCCUGGUGAAUUCACAGAAUGGUCUAAUUGGAGUCAAUGCRCAGUAACUUGUGGAGAAGGUGUUGAAACGCGAACUCGCUCGUGCACAAAUCCAGCACCAGGGAUGUUUGGCUUGCACUGUGAAGGAGCCGAAAGAGAGACAAAAAAAUGCAYUGUCAAGCCGUGCCCUCAAGAUGGGGGAUACUCAAAUUGGGAAAAGUUUGGAGACUGCGAUAAAAAAUGUGGUGGAGGAAAACGAACMCGGAAAAGAACGUGUACGAAUCCAUCUCCUCUCUAUGGUGGAAGAACGUGCGAACAUUUAGGUGUGUCUGAAGAAACGCAAACAUGUAAUAUUCAACCUUGCCCAGUUAAUGGAGGUUAUUCUCAAUGGGGGCAGUAUACUGAGUGCAGCGUAGAAGGGGGAGAAGCGUGUGGAAAGGGUAAAAAAGUUCGCAUAAGAACGUGUAAUAAUCCUGUCCCCCAACAUGGCGGAAAGGCUUGCGAAGGACCUGAUAAAGAAACGGUAGAUUGUGAAAUUCCUUGCCCAACAUCAAAGCAAAGUGAACACAAUAAAACCAUCACACCUGCAGUAUCAACGCUUUUACCCAGUGCAAAGACAACAUAAGUGUAGUCACAGGCAUUUUAUAUGUCAGAAAAUUAAUUUUAGUUAGUUUUUUUUAAGUAGGCACAACAUUAUUGGAAGUAUUACAGUUCCUUUCUUAGGCCUGCUUUUUAUGUUGUGCUAUAAUUCCUGGGUAUUUUAGUACAAAGCCAAAUUAAAACGCUCAAUACACAUACGUCAACUAAUAAAAAAGUGAACUAAAGUUUGUCUGUGGGAUGAAAAACAAGACUUUUCCAUACCAGACAUCAUUUGUACAGGGAUGAAUUACCGUUAUCCUAAGCAUUAGGACCUGAUUAUAUGAAGCAGACUGAACCAGUUGGAACGGCUGAUUUCUUUAGUUUUAUGUCCCUUAGAGCUUCAUAAAAUUAGGGCCUUUUUCUUUUAUCGUCAUUUUUAGAUACACUUUUAUAUCAGUCACAAAGGCACUAAAAUUCUUUACAAUACAAUACCUAGAUAAUAGUACAUGUUUUCCUGUAUUGAGCAGCUUUUUCCUAUUGGUAAAUUUAGCUCAAAARAUGUACUUUUUGUAGGAUGGUCAGUAGUAAUACAAAAAGAAUGCAUUCAAAGUAAAUCUAUUUCCUCRAGCACUAAAUGCACUAGAUUUUCUAUUUUGUCUUUCGUAAAAAGUGUAGUUUAAUCAAAGAUGCAGUCAUGUAUUUAUACAAUAAUAAUAUGUAUUUAUGAACAAUUUCAAUUAUUAAAAAUAUGCACUGCUAGUGCAGUUGCUUGGUGAA